UUGUGAUGGCUUAGCAGUAAGGCAUUUGCUUGUGAAACCUAAGGAUGUAGGUUCAAUUCCCCAGUAUCUACAUAAGCCAGAUGCACAAAGUGGCACAUGUGUCUGGAUUUUGUUCCCAGUAGCUGGAAUCUAUAGGGCGCCCAUUCUCUCAAAAAUAUUUACUUGCUGCUGGGCGUGGUGGCACAUGCCUCUUUAAUCGCAGCACUUGGGAGGCAGAGGUAGGAGGAUCACUGUGAGCUUUGAGGGCACGCUGGGAUGUGGUGAAUUCCAGGUCAGCCUGAGCUAGAAUGAAACUCUGCCAAAAAAACUUGCCAAAAAAAAAGUAACAUAUUCCUGGGAGUGGCAGCCUACACCUUUUUAAUCCCAGCUUUCAGGAGGCAGAAGUAGGAUUGCUGUUGAGUUCAAGGCCAACCUGAAUUCCAGGUGAGCCUGGGCUACAGUGAGACACUAUCUCGAAGGAAAAAAAAGGAGGGUAAAUGCCCGGCAAGGACUCUGGGAAGCUGGUGCUCACAGCAUAAGGUUGCUUGUUGGAAGCUUGAGGAACUGCAUGGAUCUACAUGGACGUGAUAUGUUCUGGGGCAGAUGGUUGAAAAAGCAGCACGUCCAGAGAAGUUGUACCUGGUGUUGCAGGCUUGUCAUCCUAGCUACUGAGGAGGCUAAAGCAGAAGGGUCACGAAUUCAAGGCCUGGCAGAGCUACAGAGUGAAUUCAAGACCAGCAUUACCAUCUUAUAAGGCCUCAUCCGUUUCAAUGGUGCAACUCUCUUCAUCCCCUUUUGGUAACCAGUCACCUUCAGACCAUUCAGAGGAGGGAAGUGAGGGGAAUAUGAAAUCAACCAAGCUCCCAGUGAACCACACUCAGCAUGGGGAAAACCCGCGGGCUAUGAGCCCCCUGCAGUCUAUCAGUUCUGCCUCGUCUCCUUCCCAGGCGUAUGAGACCUAUAUUGAUAAUGGACUGAUAUGCCUUAAGCACAAAAUUAGAAACAUCGAGAAAAAGAAGCUCAAACUGCAAGAUUACAAGGAUCGCCUGAAAAAUGGAGAGCACCUUAAUCCAGAUCAGUUGGAAGCAGUGGAGAAGUAUGAGGAAGUGCUUCAUAAUUUGGAAUUUGCCAAGGAGCUUCAGAAAACCUUUUCUGCACUGAGCCAAGAUCUACUGAAAGCUCAGAAAAAGGCCCAGAGAAGAGAGCACAUGUUAAAACUUGAGGCUGAGAAGAAAAAGCUUCGAACUAUUCUUCAGGUUCAGUAUGUACUGCAGAACUUGGCACAGGCUCAUGUGCAAAAAGACUUCCGAGGGGGCUUGAAUGGUGCAGUGUAUUUGUCUUCAAAUGAACUUGACUACCUCAUUAAAUUCUCAAAACUGACCUGCCCUGAGAGAAAUGAAGGUCUGAGUGUCGAAGACCAGAUGGAGCAGUCAUCCUUGUACUUUUGGGACCUUUUGGAAGGUAGUGAGAAAGCAGUGGUAGGAACGACAUACAAACACGUGAAAGAUCUACUAUCUAAACUGCUGAACUCAGGUUAUUUUGAAAGUAUCCCAGUUCCCAAAAAUUCUAAGGAAAAAGAAGUAUCCUUAGAGGAAGAAAUGCUAAUGCAAUCAGAAAAGAAAAAGCAGUUACUGAAGACUGAAUCUAUCAAAGAGUCAGAGUCCCUUAUGGAACUUGCACAGCCAGAGAUACAACCACAGGAGUUUCUUAACAGACGCUAUAUAUCAGAAAUAAAUUACUCAAGCAAACAAGAAGAACAAUCUUGGGAAGGAAAUUAUGGUAGGAAACCAAGUCUUCCCAAAUGCUGGGAUAUGCUUCCUGAAAAAGGUGAUGAAAAGAAGAAGCCGGAAUCCUUGGUGUCCUGGGAGUCUCCUGCUAAGUACCAGGAGGUCUCCUUAGAGCAGAGAAAACUCAGGUCGACUUUGCAGGAAGAGCAGAAGCAGCAGGUCUCCCCGCUGCCUACCAGCCAGUGGAAGCAAGAGCCUCCCCAGUCCAGAAAAGGAGGUAUCCAAGAGGAGCAGAGCACUCCGGAGACACCAAAGCCAUGGACAGCUCAGCUGCAAAAAGAAGGUCCAAAGAAGCCGCCACCCGUGUCCUGGGCUUCUGUGCAGUAUGAGCAGAAUGUCAGCAGAUCUUGGACUAUUCCCACAUGCAGGGAACAGGACUUGACACAGCCAGGGACUCCAAAGUCCUGGGAAAACAAUAUGGAGAGUCAGAAACAGUCCUUAGCACUGCAGUCCCAGAUUUCUCCGAAGUCCUGGGAAGUAGCCACAACAGGCCCCUUUCCAAAUGACCAGCUCCUGCCCAGGAAGUUUAAUUCAAAACCCAAAGAUGUGCCUAAGCCCAUGCCUCAGCCCGUAGGUUCUUCCUCUGCCCUUCCAAAGGAUCCAGUAUUGAGGAAAGAAAAACUACAGGAUCUGAUGACCCAGAUUCAAGGAACUUGUAACUUUAUGCAAGAAUCUGUUCUGGACUCUGACAAACCCACAAGUGUCACUCCAUCGUCACAGCCGCCUUCAGCUUUUGCAGAUAGCACAGUGGUAUCAUCAGAACAAAAUUUAUCCAGUCAAAGUGAUUUUCUUCAACAGCCAUUACAGGCAGCAGUUUCUCUGAGCAAGCCGUCUGCACUCGCUUCUCCAAGUCCUGUCCCGCCAAAGGGCUUCCAGUCACCUCCUGCAGGUGGGAGCUCAGUGGCCAUUAGCACGGCACCUUUUCAAGCCAUGCAGACAGUGUUUAAUGUUAAUGCACCCCUGCCUCCACGGAAAGAACAAGAUGCACAGGAAUCCCCUUAUUCACCUGGCUACAAUCAAAGCUUCACUUCAACAAGUACACAGACCCCUCCCCAGUGCCAGCAUCCGGCUGUCCCCGUAGAACAUAUGGUCCUGUCUCAGGAGACUGCUGCAGAUUACCAUCCUGAUGGGACUGUUCAAGUAAGCAAUGGCAGCCUUGCCUUUUACCCAGCACAUACAAGUGUGUUUCCCAGGCAUGUUCAGCCGUUUGUCAGUAGCCAGGGGUCUGUGAGAGGAUGUACGCAUGGAGGGAAGUUACUGACCAAUCCCUAUAGGUCCCCUGGUGGCUACAAAGGUUUUGAUGGUUACAGAGGACCUCCUUCAGUUUCCAAUGGGAAUUACAGCCAGCUACAGCUCCAAGCUAGAGAGUAUCUUGGAACACCUUGUGCCCAAAGGGAUAAUUUCCAGCAGUGUUAUAAGAAAGGAGGGACACCUGGUGGUUCUUCAGCAAACUCAAGAGCAGGGUGGAGAGAGUCCUCUCAGGUGAGCAGUCCAGAGAAAGAGAGUGAAGCCUUCAACAGCGGGGACUCUGGACAAGGAGAUUCCCGGAGCAUGACUCCUGUGGGUGUGUCAGUGACAAAUCCGGCAGCCACUCUCCUGCCAGUGCACAUCUAUCCCCUGCCUCAGCAGAUGCGGGUUGCCUUCUCAGCAGCCAGGACAUCCAAUUUGGCCCCUGGAACUUUAGAUCAACCUAUCGUGUUUGAUCUUCUUCUGAACAACUUGGGAGAGACCUUUGAUCUUCAGCUUGGUAGAUUCAGUUGUCCAGUGAAUGGCACAUAUGUAUUCAUUUUCCACAUGCUAAAGCUGGCGGUCAAUGUGCCACUGUAUGUCAACCUUAUGAAGAACGAGGAGGUCUUGGUGUCAGCCUAUGCCAACGAUGGUGCUCCAGACCACGAAACUGCAAGCAACCACGCCAUUCUUCAACUCCUCCAGGGAGACCAGAUAUGGUUGCGCUUACAUAGGGGAGCAAUUUAUGGAAGUAGCUGGAAAUAUUCUACGUUUUCAGGCUAUCUUCUUUAUCAAGAUUGAACAUCAAGGAUGUUCACAUUUAGUGAGAUUGAAGGAAAAGUAGUCCUUGCCUGGUGACUAUGCUGGGAAAUUGUUUCAUUCCUAGAGGAAGAGGAGAUCCUUUACUUUUUUUUUUUUUCCCUCCCAGGUGAAAAAUUUAAAGCAAAAUGUCAAUUAGCAUUAAUCUGGCACUUUAUAAAUUGUGAUGUAUCCUCGCUAGUCACUUAACCCUUAACUGUACUAAUGGUCAGCCUACUGAACUGACUGCCUCAAGUUCAGACAACUUAUAAUGCCUUGUUGUGCCUCAAUAAAAAACUUACCUGCACCUCCA